AGGCCGAUGGGCUGCGGGCGGCCGCGCUCGGUGCCGGCAGCGGCACCGGGACCCCGCCGCGGGGGCUGAGGACGGCGGCGGGGAGCGGAGCACGGAGCGCAGGGAGCCGGGGGAUGCCCCGUUGCGGGCGCGGACACUGAGGCGGCCGCCCGGUGCAUGGCACAGCCAUGGAGGUGGUGGACGAGACGGAGGCUCUGCAGCGCUUCUUUGAAGGCCACGACAUUAAUGGAGCUCUGGAACCAUCGAACAUUGACACCAGCAUCCUGGAAGAGUACAUCAGCAAGGAGGACUCACCAGAUAUCUGCUUCCCUGACAUCCCUGCUUCAGCCAGCUAUGCACACCCCCAGCCCUCCAGCUCAACCACCAUCAACGCGCCUCUUCCCAGCUCCAUCGCCAAUGUGACCAACCCCACUUCCAGUGGUUCCCUCCACCUUCCAGCCCCGGGCAGCCAGAUCCCAAUGCGGCAUGGUCCUCUUCUGCCCAAUCCUUGUGGACCGGGCUACGGUGCUCACCUCAACUGCAAUAACAACAAUGGCAUGGUGGUACCUAAGGGUUACCUUGGUGGCCACUGCCUGAACAACGUGGUCCCUCCAAUCAAAUCAGAGCCCAAGGCCUCCUACGCACCUGGCACUUUGCCUGACUCUCCCCCGGAUUCUGGAUCAGAAGCUUACUCCCCUCAGCAGGUGAAUGAUCCUCACCUCCUCCGGACCAUGACCCCCGAAAACAUGUGCCACAUGACUCCCCCUUCUCGCCUGGAGCAUCCUCCUCCUCCUCCACCACCACCCCCACCACCCCCCCACCUCCCAGGUCCUCCACCUCCUCCUCCUCACCCACACCAGCAGCAGCACACCCCACACUACCCCAGCCUGCAGCGGGACAUGUACAUGAAGGCUGAGCCCCUGCUGCCACCAUAUGCCAUCGGGCAGGGUAUGGCCCCUCCUGACCUCCACCAUGCCCAGCAGUCGCAGAUGCUGCACCAGCUUCUCCAGCAACACGGAGCAGACCUCCCGGUACACCCCGCCAAGAAGAGGAAACACUCCGAGUCCCCCUCCAACACCCUCAAUGCCCAGAUGCUCAAUGGGCUGAUAAAGCAGGAGCCAGGGAUGGGGUCGGUGCCACUGAACCCUGAUAGAGUCCAAACACCUCCCUGGCACCAGCCAGGAGCACUCUCACCAGGUAUGUGGCUUCCUUGUGCUCUUCCCAGCUGGACACUCUGUCAGAGGGAUUGGAAUAAGUGUUUUCCUCUCAUUCCAGGCCUGAUCCAAGAUAACGACAGCUUGAAUGGCUCCUACUUGGAUCCCAACUACCAGUCUAUAAAGUGGCAGCCACAUCAACAGAACAAGUGGGCAACUCUGUAUGAUGCCAACUACAAAGAGCUCCCAAUGCUCACGUACCGCGUAGAUGCUGACAAAGGGUUCAACUUCUCUGUGGGUGAUGAUGCCUUUGUGUGCCAGAAGAAGAAUCACUUCCAGGUCACGGUCUACAUCGGCAUGCUUGGAGAUCCGAAGUAUGUGAAGACCCCCGAGGGCCUGAAACCCUUAGAGUGCUUCUACCUGAAGCUGCACGGAGUGAAGCUAGAGGCCUUGAACCAGUCGAUCAACAUAGAGCAGUCACAGUCUGACCGCAGCAAACGGCCCUUCAACCCUGUGACGGUCAACCUGCCUCCAGAGCAGGUCACCAAAGUCACCGUGGGGCGGCUGCACUUCAGUGAGACCACAGCCAACAACAUGCGGAAGAAAGGCAAACCCAACCCAGACCAGAGGUAUUUCAUGCUCGUGGUAGCCUUGCAGGCACAUGCACAGAACCAGAACUACACGCUGGCAGCUCACAUCUCUGAGCGCAUCAUUGUCAGGGCCUCCAACCCCGGCCAGUUUGAGAGUGACAGUGAUGUGCUCUGGCAACGGGCACAGCUCCCUGACACUGUUUUCCACCAUGGCCGGGUCGGCAUCAACACGGACCGCCCCGAUGAAGCCCUCGUGGUCCAUGGCAAUGUGAAGGUUAUGGGGUCACUGAUGCACCCUUCAGAUGCCCGAGUGAAGGAGGACAUCCAGGAGGUGGACACCACAGAACAGCUGAAAAGGAUCUCCCGGAUGCGGCUGGUGCACUACAACUACAAGCCUGAGUUUGCAGCCACAGUGGGCAUUGAGAACACCUCUGAGACAGGUGUCAUUGCUCAGGAGGUGAAGGAGAUCCUCCCUGAAGCUGUGAAGGACACUGGGGACCUGGUCUUUUCCAAUGGGAAGACCCUUGAGAACUUCUUGGUGGUGAACAAGGAGCGCAUCUUCAUGGAGAACGUGGGAGCUGUGAAGGAGCUGUGCAAGCUGACAGACAACCUGGAGACCCGCAUCGAUGAGCUGGAGAGGUGGAGCCACAAGCUGGCCAAGCUGAAGCGCUUAGACAGCAUGAAGUCAACUGUGAGCUCUGGGGCAUUCAGCCAAACUGGAAGCCAGUUCAGCCGUGCAGGAAGUGUGCCCCACAAAAAGAGGCCCCACAAAGUGGCCAGCAAGUCACCAUCGGUUGUCCCGGAGCAGGCAUGCAUCAGCCAGCGCUUCCUGCAGGGCACCAUCAUCGCCCUGGUCAUCAUCAUGGCAUUCAGUGUGGUGUCCAUGUCGACGCUCUAUGUGCUGAGCUUGCGCAGUGAAGAGGACCUUGUGGAUAUUGAUGGCUCCUUUGCUGUGCCCACUGCCUGUCUCCUGGCCCUCUUUCGGUACAGGGGUCCUGGGGUCCCGGUCGCUCUGUGUCCACGGUCAGGCCAGAACUCUGGUAAAACACAGAUAGUGCGAUCCACAGCUGCAUCGAAUGGAGCCAGCAGCAGGAUCCCCACACAUCAUGCCACAGAGGAUGCUCAUGACCUGCUCCUUGGCUCACCUGGUCCCAGCGUGUUAGCCUGCUUCAGCCCGCCCUGUUUCUCCAUGUGCUGCUCUGCUGCUCCCACCAAUGCCUCUUCUGUUACCCUCUCUGAGACCAGCCCCACUCAUGCCACUAACCGGACAGACCAAAGCCAACCCUCCCUCCUGCCGGUGACAAACAUCAAAGGCAAAUCCAGGGGCAUCCCAGGGAAAGCGACUUCCUACGCCAAGUGGCCAAAGACGCCGGACAGGUCUCAGAGCUUUGGCAGCCCCAAUGCCAGCCCCUCUUCCCCCUUCACCCACAGCAAAGCCAAGGACAUCUCCAACCUCUCCCUGGGGCAGCCCCGGCAGCAGCGCAGCAUCAAGCAGCCGCUGAGCCAGUGGCCCCGCACGGAGGAGCCCAGCACGGGUGGGUCCAGCCCAGUGCUGCUCUCCAUCCGGAUCGUGGAGAUCAAUAUGGUCAUCGAGUCCCAGCACUGUGCAGCCAUUGACACGUGCAGGACUGGAAACUUCACCUACCGCAUCCCUAUCAGCCAGCUCACAGCAGUGAACACCAACCUGACCUUGGAGAUGAACUCCUCCUCAGCUGUGUCCAUCUCCCUUUGUGGCCUUGCCUCCAGUGACCCCUGCCAGGAUGCUGCGAGCAGGAAUAGCUCCACUGAUGCCACAGACACAAAGGAGACCACGCACCAUUGGCCUCUCGUGAUGAUGUCUUUCCGGGAGUUCACCUACCACUUCAGAGUAGCACAGCCUGGCCAAGCCAACUGCAGCACUGCUUCUGAGCAGAUGGGCCACCUUUUCACUGACUAUUACCUUCAGUUUUACUGGCUCUGUGAGUGAGUCCUGGCAGCACCAGUGCCCUCUGCUUGGAGAGAGCCAAGGGGGACUGGUGACACUGGGGAAGACUCCUGUAUGCCCUCCUCUGCUAGCCCCCAGCCCCACAUCACCCCCAGCCCCUAUGUGGGGCUGGUUUGGCUGUGGCUGGUGCCACAGGCACUGAAGCACAUGCAGAACAUGGGACCUAAGCCGCAGAAACACAACCAGCCCCUUGGUAUCUCCUGGGCUCACCUCACCCUGAUUCCCACCAUCCCAAACCUGUGUCUCCAUCCCUUAUGGGGAUGCUUGUGUCCUCCAUCACUUCUACUUCCCCCUUGCAACACUGGAUUUGAAAGCAUUACACUGGAUGGGUCUGCCCAUGGAUGGGAGCUCCAUCCUGUGCUGGCCCUGAUGUACCACAUCACUUCUUCACAACACUGGAAUUGCUCAACACUGGAGCCCUUUCCAAGAGCACAACUCUGGAGUUUGGCUUGGAAAGGCAGGCUGUGCCUGGACGUACUGGAAGUCAUACACUGGAGUUGCUGUUCCUUCUGGUUGGCCCAGGGCCACCCCUCCAUAGUGCCCCCAAGACCCCUGGACCUGGAAUGGACUCUCUAUGGACAACAAAAGAAGGUGCAGCUUCAUCUUUAGCCCCUUCUGUCCCCCUCCUUGCUGGACUCUUUCACCAUACCCAGGUCUGGCUGGAUGAACCCCACUAAAGCUGCUGCUGAGGCUGUGCCCAGGCCAAACCACGCGUGAGGACACUUCCCAUCAACCCACAGAAGACAAAUGACCCUGAGUCACCUGCAUUAAAUGUGGUGGGACCCCUUUUUAAUUGUCAUUUGGCAGCAGUGUGUGGCCUCUUGCAGUGUGUGGAGCUGUCAGGUCAACCCAGCCACCCAAAUGUACGUUAGAGACCCCUGGCAAAGCCUGGUGGCACCCUGCAGAGCAAGGCUGAGUCCCUGGGGCCGUGUGAUGUGGUUUCACUGGCUACCAGCUCCCUGCCAGGCACCGAAGAGGCUGAUUAUCACCCCCAAAGGGGCAAUGGCAGUGACUGUGUGUCCUCGCUGUCACUGUUGGCUGAAAGCAGACAAGUGUAUUUUGGGUAUUUUACUGUUACAAGUUCUUAACUUGCUAAACUACUGAAUUAGUUUGGGUUUAAACUGUAUAAAAAUGGGUCUAUUACUUC